AUGACGGCUAACCUGGUCCUACUCGGUAUUUCGUACUCUGCACUAACCCAUUCCACGGCACUACACGGUGCAGACCCGAUCCGUACCACAGAGGUGGGUACGCUACUUGGCCACAACGAACAGCAGAUAAGAGGAGAAAGUUGGCAGCUGCACUACCCCAUCGUGAACACAUCUACGAAGUAUAGGAGAAGAAAAGUCGCUGCUCUACCAAAUAGAAUCGGUGAGAGUAGUGAUGACGAGGAAAAUGGUUCGUCAGACAGUGGUACAGAUAGACAGUCUGAAAAUGAGGAAGAGGGUUCGCAAGCGGAGGAGGAAGUUUUAGAUGGCGAAAGCGCAUGUAGUGAGGAGGACGAAAUGGCUAGAAAUGUGGUCAGAAUACAAGACUUAGGUUUUAGUUGUUUAUUUUAG